CCGACUGUGCCGAAGAUCCUCGUGUUUUGCUCGGAUCCGUUCAAUCACGGAGGUAGAGGCUGAGACAACGACAUCCAUUUCAGCUUGUCCUGUAAACAAACCGGGGUAAAUAACAGCCUCUGUCUCGGCGUCGUCGUUCAGCGGCUUCCUGAAUGAUUUAGAGCUUUUUACAUCAUCAGCCUCACCCUCCCGUCAUCCCUCCCCCUCUCCCUCCUGCUGAUGCACAUGCACCGCGCAGCUCGGAGAUGCUGCUGCUGAUGUUGGUGACCGACUGCUGCAUCCGACAUCCUUUAAUCCGGCCGAGGCACAAUCACUUUCUUUCUCUCCAUGUGGGUCAAAGCUAACAUGGCAUUCCAAUAAACUACACAAGAACACACGAACCGCUGGAUAAAGUUCCACACAUCCCUACCAUAUGGAUGAGGACUAAUUCUCUUUCGUGUCUUCUGGAUUACUGAGCUGAUCAAACAGUGAAAACAACCAUCUUAGUCUUCCCUCUGAAGUUCCUCACUUUCACCUCACACCUUCAUUAUGAGUAACCUGCUGGGGAAAAUGGACCCACGUAGAAUACAAUGGGGCUCGACAUGGAAUACUUUCACAUCCCGUGUCCUGAGGACCAAACCCGUGGAGUCCAUGUUGGAUUCAGCCAUGUCGGGUACCAGCUCCCACGGGACCAAACUGGCCCGUGUUUUAUCCACAGUGGAUCUUGUGUCACUGGGUGUAGGCAGCUGCGUUGGUACGGGGAUGUACGUGGUUUCAGGGCUGGUUGCCAAAGAGAUGGCUGGGCCUGGGGUCAUUGUGUCCUUUAUAAUCGCUGCUGUGGCGUCCAUACUUUCAGGAGUGUGUUAUGCAGAGUUUGGUGUGCGCGUGCCUAAGACCACUGGUUCAGCAUACACAUACAGCUACGUGACCGUGGGUGAGUGUGUGGCUUUUUUCAUCGGCUGGAACUUGAUUCUGGAGUAUCUGAUUGGCACGGCAGCCGGCGCAUCGGCUCUCAGCAGCAUGGCAGACUCGCUGGCCAAUCACAGCAUCAGCAACUUUAUGAUUUCACACCUCGGGACGCUCAAUGGCCUAGGUAAAGGAGAACAGUCAUAUCCUGACCUACUGGCCCUGCUAAUAGCCUUGUUGGUGACAGUGAUUGUGGCUUUAGGAGUAAAAAACUCCAUUGGCUUCAACAACGCUCUGAACAUCAUCAACCUCAUUGUGUGGGUGUUCAUGAUGAUCGCUGGACUCUUCUUUGUCAAUGGAGAGAACUGGGAUGAGGGAAGAUUUUUACCCUUUGGGUGGUCAGGAGUGAUGCAGGGUGCUGCUACUUGUUUCUAUGCCUUCAUCGGGUUUGACAUCAUUGCUACAACAGGAGAAGAAGCCAAGAGUCCCAACACCUCCAUUCCCUAUGCCAUCACCGCCUCACUCAUCACCUGCCUCACUGCCUAUGUUUCUGUCUCUGUGAUCUUGACACUGAUGGUACCAUAUGCCGAAAUUGAUGCAGAUGCCCCGUUGAUGGAGAUGUUUUCCCUUCAUGGCUGCAUGUUUGCAAAAUACAUCGUUGCUGUGGGAUCUAUAGCUGGACUCACUGUGUCCCUGUUGGGGUCCCUGUUCCCCAUGCCCAGGGUCAUCUAUGCCAUGGCAGGAGAUGGCCUUCUAUUUAAAUUCCUGGCCCAUGUGUCUUCAUACACGGAGACCCCUGCAGUUGCCUGUGUGGUUUCAGGCUUCCUGGCUGCCCUCCUGUCUCUUCUGGUCAGCCUUAGAGACCUCAUUGAAAUGAUGUCUAUAGGAACCUUGCUAGCCUAUACACUAGUGAGUCUCUGCGUACUUCUCUUACGCUACCAACCUGAAGGUGACAUCCAUGGGUUUGUGAAUUUCCUCUCAGAGGAGCAGAACAAGAAGAAAAAGGAAGGUAUAUUGGCCGAAUGUGAGAAAGAUGCCUGCUCACCAACCAGUGAGGCUGACGAAUAUGGAGGUCCACCCCAGAACACCUGCGGAGCCAAAAACCUGCCAUCGCUUGGUGACAACGAGAUGCUGAUUGGCAAACCAGACAAAAACACGUACACUGCUGGCCACCCUAACUAUGGUACAGUAGAUAUGACCACAGGCAUUGAGGCGGAUGAGUCAGAGGGAGGGUUGUCCCGGCGACUGAAGAAGCUGAUUGGUCCACGCUAUUACACAUUGAGGAUUCGACUUGGCCUCCCUGGAAAAAUGGACAGGCCAACUUUGGUUACAGGGAAAACUGUGACUGUGUGUGUUCUUCUUCUCUUCAUCUUCUUCUUUGCUUUCUGCUCCUUCAUCAUCUUUGGGGCAAGCAGCAUAGAAGAGGGCCAAUGGUGGGCUUUGCUGCUCUUAAUCAUCCUCAUCAUCAUUAUUGCCCUGCUGAUAAUCAUCAUCCUUCAACAGCCUGAGAAUCCAAAGCGGCUGCCCUACAUGGCACCCUGUGUGCCAUUUGUACCUGCUUCAGCCAUGCUGGUCAACAUCUACCUCAUGCUUAAACUUUCAGCCAUCACCUGGAUACGAUUCUCAAUCUGGUGCCUCGUGGGUGUUCUCAUCUACUUUGGCUAUGGCAUGUGGAAUAGCACACUGGAGAUCACCGCUAGAGAAAAUGAGGUUCACGCCUCCACUUACCAGCGCUACGAUCAAGGGGUGGACGAAGGGUUCUGCGGCUUUGAUGAUGAUUUUUACCCACCUACCACUGACUCGUGGGGUGCACAAGAUGGAGGGUCUGAGCUGACAUCUCCUCCUAAGGCGAAGCCUGAAAGUGAUGGGAUUCCAUCAAAAGAUGGAAGCAGAACCAUUGAUAGUAGCGGCCUUGCUGAGGAGGAUCCGAUGGAUUUCUGAAGGGGCCGACUUUGUGUCACCUUGAAUGUACUGCCGUGUCUGCUUCCUGGGGAAAGGGAGGGGGAACAGCGUGAGUGCACGACUGGUUUUGUGUGUGUGCGUGUGUGUUUGCAUGCCUGCACGUGUGUUUUUGUUUAUGUAUCAAACCCUUGGGCUAGUUUGUUUCUGAGCAGUGGAACAGUUUGUCUUUCACUUCUUAGUUUGGUCCUCCUCUCCCACACAAACGUGGAGAUCAAGGUCAUGAGUGUUUCCACACAUCCACUUAUUAUUCAGCCACUUGACUCCACUUCCCACACAGUGAAAGGUCAGCUAGACGGGUGCUGACAAAGCAGGCGAUAAGAUAUGUCUUGUAUCAUUGCACUGUGUUGAGAAGUGGCAUUCUGUACUGAGCAACUUUUUAACUGUUUAGCUAAGAUUUAUGGGAUUAAUGGGACACAGGAGAGAGGAGGAUGAGGAGAUGAGACUGAUGAAUCAGCAUCUCUUCUUCCUGUUUCAAGACAGACAGGAAAGGUAGACGACAGCGUGAAGAAUCCAAAUACUUCCUGCAGCAAUGUCCAACUGUCAACGCUGUCAUGUUUGUGAGAAAUCAAGGAAAAGUGCUCGAAAUAUUCUCUCAAAAACAUCCCAGAAAGCAACAAUAAAUUCAUGUUUCUAUCUAGCCUAAGGGAUAAAAAAGGAUACGGAAAAGGGUGUUGAUGUAUUUUUUUUUGUGUGUGUGUGACAAAUAGUACUUGGACUUUGCUUGCAAUAGUGCCUUCAUCUACUGUGUCUUUCUGGUUCUGUCUGGUUUCUACUUUCGUUUUGCCUGCGUAUGUGUGGAGUCUGUUCUAUGUGCACUAAAACUCCACCUUUACAUCCAUGCUGUUAUUUAGGCUCUUGUUUUAUGAUUUUUUUAAUUUGAGGUAUGUUCCUUUCUUUUUGGUUGCCCCAACUCCCUUCUGAGCAUUAAACUCAGAAUCCCUCUACCUGCAGGAUUCAUCUUGUCUGCUCAUCAGUCUAAUUAAGGAUUAGAGAAUAAACUCAAAAUAGGCAGAAACAUUCAGUCAUUCUGCAGGGUUUAUUAAACGGAAUGUCAUGCUGUCUUUUAAGUUGUGUCUGUGUGGUUUAACGUUCAUGAGUCAUCCCCCCCCCCCCCAAUUUAAUUUUGUUAUGGUCAAUCAAGGCACUGCUCUUUAGUAUUUACUCUCCUUUUUUCAAUUUUUUAACACAUUCCACUCAUCAUUUCUCUUUUCCAGCGCAGCCCUUCCUCCAGCCUUUUACCGCCGUAUUCUCCUCCUGAUAUCAAUCAAACCAUAUCCCCAGUGAGUUACUCAGAGUCACAAGUAAUAAACCAGAAAUUGGUUUGCAGUCUGGAUCCGUGAUAGAGAUCUGUUCACGCUCCAUGGAUCCAUUCGCUCCACUUUUGACUCAUAAGUGUCUGCCACUUCCCAUCUGACUUGUCGGCUUACCCAUUCCUCUUUAGUUUGCAUUUGUGUAGUUGUAGUGCUGAACUUUCUUCACUCUCUCUGGUGAACAACAGCCUGAAGAUAAUUUAUUAAUUCUAAUGACAUUCUCUGUUUAAUUCAUAUAGUUGGUCAAGUAAAUUAAAACUAUUGACGUUUUAAUUCAAGAUGAGGCAAGAAAAGUCAUUUUACAACAUAUACCAUCAUAUCACUUGCAUACACCAAAGGUAAUGCUAACAUGAAGAGGGUGAAUGAUGCCCUUUCAAUUUGCUUGUGGUGCUUUUCUGCCCUGAUUGUUGCCCUUGUACCUCCUCCUUGUGCCCCAUGUUGCUGCAUUAGUCCCUUUUUUGGGAAGCCUUAUCUGUCUAAUGCACUAAAUCUAAGAAUGCCACGCUACACCUUCCCCAACAAACCAACACCACCCUACCUCUUCUCCCACAUUUAUCUUUCUGUUUAAAAUAAAUACAUUCUUCUUUUUUUUCUCUAUCAAAGCAUUUACAAAAUGAUGGAGUACUUAUAUGAUUUUAGUUUGUAUCACAAGAGUUUGGUUAACUGGUUUGGUUCAAAGCCACCAUCUUACUGGGCUGAAUCUGUUGGCGACUAACUGGAGACACAAGAUAAGUGUGCACAUUUUCUUUUGGUUUCACGAUGAAUUUGUACAGCUGACAUAAUAAAAUUAUAUUUUUAAUCUUUCAGUCAAGAUGGCAGUAGCGCAGGAGAUAGAGAGGGUUAUACAGUGAUUGGAGGGUUGCAGGUUCAAUUCCAGCUCCCAACAGAGACUGCUGCUGUUGUGUCCUUGGACACGGCACUAAUUCGCCUUGCCUGCUGGUAGUGGUCAGCAGUACCAGUGGUGCCCAUGUAUGGCAGGCCACCCCAAGGCAGCAGUGGCUACAAAGUAGCUCAUUAUCACCAGUGUGUGACUGAUUGUGUUGUAAAGCAACUGUGGGGGGAAGGGGCCAUGCAAACACAGGCCAUUUACCAAGAAAACGUCUGUGUUGAUGAGGGCACGACUUUAAACUUAAUGCUGACUCUAACCAGCCAUUAGGAGGCAUUUUUGUUCUUUGUGGCUCCAACUUCUGCUUUACAUUCUUCCAACCGUUACUAUGCAUGGAAUACUGUCAAUAGCCCUGAGACACACCAUGCUGGGACAUUUGCAUAAUACUGCCGCUAUGGUGUGCGUUAUGAACGAGCCGUGGCAGCAUGGCAUUGCGGAAAUUUCGUGACAUUCAGGCCGCCACGCUUAGAAAUAUUACCGCAAGGCUGGAGUUGUGAAUGCAGAUUACGGCUUGGUGCAAAAGAGAGAGGUGUCAUGAUCCAACACAUUCUCACACCCAAAGCAGCUAAAACUGACGAAGGGUGACCAAGCGUUUGGUUCCAACGCGGUGGGAGCCCUAAAGCGUCGGGUCACCCUUCUUCAGUUUUAGCUGCCUUGGGUGUGACAAUGUGUUGCAACACAUGAUCACAUGGAGAGUUACUGCCUGCAGCUAUAUUGAAAAUGAAAGUAAACACCGGCAGUAAGUUUCACUUUUGUAAACAGAACCAGCUGAGAUGAUAAACUGAAGCGAUGCAGAGCUCCAGGAGCCUCUCUUCAUUAGAGCUGGAGCUGAGAUCACCAGACUGCACAGGGACUGUAGAGAACAGACAUUUUGAGGAGCUGUUUGUUAAAAAAACGUCAUGAGCGCUGCUUCGAUCGCAUUAAAAAGCAUGUUACGUCUUAGUUAAACAGAAGUCCGUGACAACUGCCGACAUUCUUUUCUAAAUGAGGAUAUUGGGACGCAUGGUAAAUGUUAAAUGGCCUGUUUCUGUAUAUCACCUUCUUAGGGGUCCACAAACCCCCAAGGUGCUUCACAACACAAUCAGUCAUCCACUCAUUCACACACACAUUCACACAUAUGACAUCAUUUCAAACAAUUGCAAUCAUGCAUCACAAAGUUUCAUAAUUAUCCCUGAUUUCCCUUUAAUUUACAAUUAAAGGAUUGAAACCGAAGUUGUUCCACAUUUUUUUUCUACUUUAAGACUCACAAAAACUAAAUCAGGAAGGGUUUGAGUCAAGUUCCACGGGCCCUCUGCAAGUAUUCUACGAAGAAAUUAUUAUUGCAUAAACAUUUAGAACAGGUUUAAGCUUGCCCUAAUGGAAAAACCAGCAUGUGUUGUGUUUGGUGCUGGUCCAACAUGGUCCAGCAUCCAAUCACCAGCAUCCCAGGCUGGUUAGAAUUAGAACUUUCAUGAAUGCUUUCAAUUCAAUUCAAUUCAAUUCAAAAAUACUUUAUUAAUCCCAGAGGGAAAUUGAUUUUGAGACCUUUUUUUAAAAUCCUUUGCAAAUAUUCAAUUACUCGUCAACAGUCAAAGCCUGGCCAGAUGCUAGUUAAAGGUUUGAACCCAUUUAUAAAGGUUCUUAAUUAGCUUUUUACAAGAAUGAUCUGAGAGAACCAUACACAACACACCUACUGUUUUUCUAUAAGUCUGAAUGGUUUAGUGAAUCAACGAUUUUAUAAAUAGGAAGUAAACAAUCCGACAUUCUGCAGACUCUUCAGUCGUGAAAGCUCCCUCCGGUGUUUUGAACUUGAACCAUUGGCACAUUUUAACACAAACCCACAUAAAUUCUCUUUUAACAAUGGAGCAAAAACGUCUGCCAUGCUCAUUUCACCUCCUCCUUCAACCAAAAAACCCCCCAAAAUACUUUGCAUUCACAGUUCAGCCAAAACAAACGGGCAAAUUCCGACGGUGCCGUGCCUCUGGUGCUGGAUUGUACUAUCAGCAUGGUGUAUUCUCUGUUCUGUGUGCUUGGCUGUAUGCAUGUGCAGUGCAGGUGUGUGUGUGUGUGUGUGUGUGUGUGUGUGUGUGUGUGUGUGUGUGUGUGUGUGUGUGUGUGUUUUGAUUUGCACUUGCGGUCCAAUGCCUGCUCAUCAGUGUGGCCAUCUGGUGAAUGUUACAGCAUGCUUUUCAUGCACAAGGCUCUGCGUUUAAAUGUAGUUUUUGCAUGAGGUUAUGGAUUUCACCAGGACAAAGGAGACAAUAAACCAAACCAAAUGCUGAUUUUUUUUUUGUUUUCAUACAUAAAGGCCCUGGAUUCUUUUCUUUAGAUGGAUGUAGCUCCAAGAAACACUCUUUAGGGGUUGUCUGUUUAUUGCAUUGCACUGAAAUUCUCUCUGAUUUAAGUUUAUGUCAUUUGAAUUAAAUGAUAGAUUAUGUAUGUAUGUAUUUAUUUUUUUUUAUUUUUUUUGUGAAAUCACAACAAACCAGGGCUCCAAAACAUGUAGCAAAGAUGAUUUUGUGAGAAAUGAUUCCUUUCACAUUGUUUCUCAAACACCGGCAACUUUCUGCUUCCUGUACAUUUGUUCCUCCUGGCUUCACCAACCAAAGCGCAUAACGUUGAUUAUAUUUUAUUUACCUAAUCACUCACAGAAAGUGAGAACAUAAUCUAAAACAAAGCUUUCUCUAAAUGGUCGUAUUAUAAGCUACUUUCCCUAAACAGAGAAACUUUAUUCAAAAGUACAAUUAUUGCUGGUGUUUUGUUAAAAUGUGAAAGUAUUGGUUUGGACUAUGAUGACUAUUCCAUGCAUUUGUCUUGGGUGAUCCAGUAAAAAGAACAGCACUAAAGGAGUAGUGAAGUAAAAGAGAAGUAUUUUUCUACAGCUGUUUCCCAUCCACAGGCUCUCCUCGGGUGGGUGUGCUCAGCUGAACUGGGUGGAGUUUUCAGCCUUUGCUUUAUGAGCUAUUGUUUAAUCAGAAAGAGGCCUUGGAUGCAGCACAGAAACUAUAAAUAUGUCUAUUUUUACCAAAUGCAGGCUCUCUAGAAAAGAUAAAGCUAAUUUAUAAACUGUAUUCCUUUUCUUUUAAAUAGUUUAAAAUGGUUGCUGUAGAUGUUUCUAGAGCUCCAGAAAGUUUAGCAAAAAUGCAGAAACUAUUUUAUAACAAGGGGUAAGCAGAUAGAAUCAAAACUUUUGCCACCAUUGGUUUACAAAUCAGUUCCUCUUUGUUUAUUUUGUCUUGGAGAAGACGUGCCAUGUUCCUUCUGUUCUAUGUUCGCUGCGGACACGUGUCUAGUCAGUGUGUUGGAAAUGUUGAGAUUGGCUUUGCUCACAACAACUAGAUGUUCCUUUAUUCUUCUGUAAAUUUGGGCACAAAGCUGUAUAAUAGUGUGAGUUUUUAUGUUGAUUUGUAAUGUUUUUAUUCCAUAUCCGUCAUUAUCUUCAUCCUGGGUGAGAUGUUUUGUUUUCCGUUGUCAUUUUUUUCUUUGUUUUGUUGCUAAAUUGUGGAUAUUGCUUCCAUGUAACAAUGAAGUUGUUUAUUGCAAAUACCAAA